CUCUAUGCGCGCCGCUGCGCUACUCCCUCCUCGGAGAAAUCCCCAAAUUGUGUUCUUGCAUGCGUCGUCCUAGUAGCAGAGAGCUGUCCCUUCCAUUUUCCUUUCAUGGAGUGGAUUCUUGGUUCUUGAUUACGACAUGCUGUGUUUGGUCCAGUUCUUAUCCCCUGCGAUUUUUUCCCAUUUCUUUUCUCUCCCUUGUUCCACCUCGGAAAUUUGGGUUCUUUUUUUCUUCUUCUUUUGAUUCUUGGUUGGUUUGUGUUGCAUAAUUUCAGUUCUUUGUUAGGCUUGCUUCGGAGUUGUAGUUAGACAUCGCAAGAUGCAUCCUUUCGAGGAAGUCAAUGCAUCCCCUGUUGUUAGCUGACCACUGUAUAUCGAAUGCACUGUGAGUUGUGUUUUAGGCCGUGGAGUGGGUGGAAAUUUGACUUCCCCAUUGCAGGAUUUGGUAACUUGAAGCUAAAUUCCGUGUGAAUUUGUGACGGUAUCAAGCGAUUGUGUCUCUGAUAAGAUUCUGAAUGUGUGAACUUGCUGCGAUAUGUUCUGAUUUACUAGUGGUUUAGCUUUUCAAUCGUUAUUCUGAUUAAGACAAGGGACUUCUUCUGUGCAUAUGGAUUGGCAAUUUGGACUCGAGAACAAUCCACUAAAAGUUGUGUAGGUUAUCUCUUUAUGAUCUGCAUGUAAUAAAUGUAAACCUGAGACUGAUGUAGGCUACCUCUUAUUCGAGAAAAAGAAAAAGAGGCUGAUGUAAGCUACCUAAUGUGCAUUUUGUGCUUAUUCCUCUUGAUCAGGUUGUUUCUAUAUAAGAAUUUUCUGUCUGUCUACUUAGGGUAGGAUGCUGUGUGUUAUUUGUAGUGGUACUCUUUUUAGGUUGAUUUAUUUGUUUUUUUAUUCAGUUAUUUCCUACUCUUGCAACAAGCACUUAACAACCUACUCUGCCUACUCUGUUCCUACUGAACAGUACCACUAUUAAGUAUUACCUUAUUAUGAUAUUAAGGUAAUAUCAUAAUUUAUUUGCUUUUAUGGUUCAGAAUCUCAUGAUUCAGUUAUUUCCUACUGUCUCUAUUCAGUAUUACAACAUCUAUUGUCGUUUUUUUUAGAUAAUUCAACACCUGAAAGUAACUAUGCAUAAUCAUAUUCCAGUUAAUGAGUAGAAACCUUUAAUAGGCAUCUUUUGAUAGAAAGGAUUAGAGCUAAUCCUUUGAUGGGCAACAAAAUCCCCACCAAUCUGAAGAGGUCAGGUUAAAAGCCCUAUCAGUUCAAUUUGCUUAAGUUAAUGUUAUCAACUUGUCUUGAAGGCUAAUUAUAGAAGUACACGAAGAAAAAUGGUGCCUGGACCAAAGUGAGACCAUCUCAUAAUGCUAAUGCUUUUGCGACAAAUGGAAGAUCAUCGAGCCCAUACUACGCCCAACUAUGAUUUUUUCUCUGGAGAUUAUCAGAUGAAGCAGUUAGGUCAUAAGAUGUAUGAUCAAGAUUCCCCGUCAAGCGAUUCUGGACAGUCACACCAAGAAGAAUCUGCCAUGAAUGAUAGCAGUCCAAAUGAGCGACAUACCUCAACACAAUCUGACAAUGAUGAUGGUCAUCAGAUGCCAGAUCAGGACAAAACAAAGUCAGUAUCAUCGUUGGGGAAUCCAGGAGCUUUGCCUCCAAAGCUCAACUAUAGCCAAUCCUUUGCUUGUAUUCCUUAUACAGCUGAUGCAUACUAUGGUGGGGUCUUGACUGGAUAUUCUUCACAUGCAAUUGUUCAUCCCCAGCAAAAUGGUACAGCUAACUCCCGGGUGCCGUUGCCUGUUGAGCCUGCAGCAGAAGAGCCAAUAUUUGUAAACGCAAAGCAGUACCAUGCAAUUCUUAGGAGGAGACAGAUACGAGCUAAAUUGGAGGCCCAAAAUAAGUUGGUGAAAGGUCGGAAGCCAUACCUCCAUGAAUCUCGGCAUCGCCAUGCCAUGAAGCGAGCUCGUGGAUCUGGAGGGCGCUUCCUCAACACAAAGCAGCUCGAGGAGCAGAAGCAGCAACAGGAGGAGGAGGCCGCAUCCGGUGGCGCGAGCUCUGGCAAUAGGACAUGCCUUCAGAAUGGCACCGGUAGCGCGCCUUCAGCUUCCUCUCCCUCUGAAAUCGCGAGCGUCUCAACCAGCAGAGAAUUCCUUGGUAACCAUGAGCAGAGCCACUUCCCCUCAGCUGGCUUCCUUCCCACAAUGAGCUUCAGAGCGCAGAAUGGCGGAGAUGGGAAGCUGGUCGCGAACGCCAUUCACCAGCGCGUUUCCAUGAUGAGGUGAGGUGAAGAGGGGUGAAGUGGGUUCAGCUCAGCACCAUCACUUUGGCUCUCUCCCUGCUGGUGGCAAUUCAUCCUUGGCUUAUGAAAAUACCUUAUGGGAAAAAAAAAAGUAGUUUCAUCCUCAAAUGGACCAAACAUGUGUGGCUCCAUUUUAAGUUUUCCUGUAACUAAAAGCACUGCAAUGAUCAACUGACUGUUGGUUCUGUUUGUGGAUGCUUAUAUCUGUACUUGCUGUAUCUAAUACUGAACUCUAAGUUGAAACCCUGAAACUGAUGGUCCCCGUGAAUAUUGUAGCUUGCAUUUUAUCUGAUUUUUAGUUCC